UAUAAAAUGGCGGAUGAAGAAACUGAAUUUGGAGCAAUAAAAAUUGUUUUUAUUGUAAUUAUGGCAAUUCCAACUGCAUUUUUAUUAUUGAAUACUUUAUAUAGAACUUAUCUAGAACUCAAAGAGUAUUAUUUCGAUCUUUUUAGGCUAAGCCAAUAUCUAUUUCUUCUGGUUUAUUUGACAGCAUGGAUGCUAUUUUAUUGCACAAUAGGAUUUAAUAGGCAAGUUGAAAUCUAUGAGGCUGCUGUUUGGAUUGCUAGUGGGACAAAUAUUGGCUACAUUGUGAUAAACUUGAUGCUUUGGAUAUUAAUAAUAGUCCACUUAUCAAAUUUAGUCAAGCUAGAGGAAGGAGAACAAUUUAUUAAGAAUCGCAAAAAGGUCAUCAAGAUUGAAAUGUUAAGCAUUUUCCUUGCAUUGUUGGUCUUCUUUGUUGUACUAGUAAUCAAUGGAUAUUCUGCUCUAGGCUCAAUAGACUAUUAUAAGCAUCUAAAUGAGCAUACAGACGAUGAAAAUAAUUUCGAUAAAAUUGAUUAUGUUUCUUGAUCCUUGCUCAUUGCCCUCUAUGUGGUCUUCAUCUUCUCUGAGCUAUUCUUGAUCAUAAAACUAAUGAAAUUAGUUCAUAAGUAUUGUGCUUAUGAUAAAGAAUACAGCAAGUUCUUCCCUUGGCUUGCUGGAAGUAAUAUUGUCUACUAUUGAUUCCAGCUGGUUACAUUCAUUGUGAUGAUGGAAAGUAAAACAACAUAUUGUGAUAUUUCUAGAAUUGAUUUAAAGAAGAACAAGCCUAAUAUGCAAUUAUGGUUAAAGAUGAUGUUAUUUGUCUUCAACAACAAUCUUCCACUAGUCUAUGCUUAUAUGAACAUCAAAAAUGUGAGUUUCAAGAUCUAUGUAGCCAACAUCUUGCCUGGCAUUGGCAAGCCUUACCUUUGUCCAUCAAAGAUAUCGCUAUUCAUUGUGCCAUCUUGAAGAAAUGAUCCUGAUGGCGAUGAGGACCGACAAGAAGAGAGCGAAAAGAACCAAACCAGAGUGAAUAAUUCUCAUAGCUACUUGCUGGACGAAGACAUGAAGCUUUUUGGAGAAGAUAAAAUUGGCACCAUUGAUAAUAUAGUUGAAGAGCAUGCACUCAGUGCUAGAGGAAGACAUAGUAAUAAUUAUUUUCAGUUGGAAUAA